GCCAUUUACUCGGAAAUGAGUGAAAUAUUAAGAAAGGCUAUGAAACCCUGAGUAAUGGGACGCAGGGGUCGGCUCUGGAUGAAAGGGAGGUGUUAUAUGCAUCGUUAACACGCACCUGACACGUCUUUUAAUGUUGUAUAAGUGUUCCUUUGGUUCACUUACAGUGACAAUUUAAACAUCGGAAGACUUCCGGUUCCCCAGUUGUUUGUAAAGCCAUGGAUGGACCGGGGCACGUUUUCUCUUACACCAACAAGGAUUUUGUGUACGACGUGUGCCGGAUUAAUGGAAGGACUGAUGUCACGUCCAGGUUUGAUGUAGCCCUGAGAUGCGGGUGGGAAGAGAAGAUGAAACUCGGGCUCUUCAGAUAUCAUUUAGGGGAUUUGGAGACGCGUGUGUUAACCGGCGCAUGUGGAUAUAUCUCUCAGCUCAACAUUCAGAGAGGCAUCGAAAGGAGGAAACCUCAAGAAAUCCGGAGUAUCCAGCAGCAGUUUGACCCCAAACUCUUUAACUUCAACAAGAUCAAUUCAGCAGAAAUCUUGUUUGAGAUGCACAAAGCGGAGCAGAUUUAUACAGGAUGUGCUGGGAAAGGAACCUGUGCCACGUGUGUUGUGAUCAUAAACGUGAGCCCGUUAGAGUUCGGACACUGUUUGCUGGUUCCAGAGCCUUCCCGGUGUCAUCCCCAGAUCUUAACGCCUCUGGCUCUCCAAAUCGGGGUUGAGUCAUUGUUCCUUAGCGCAGAUCCCGGAUUCCGAGUCGGGUUUAACAGCCUGGGUGCGUUUGCUUCUGUUAAUCAUCUACACCUUCAUGCGUAUUACUUAAACCACCCUUUAAGAAUCGAGUCUGCACGCACAGAGGUCAUCUUUCCCAAAAAGAGCUUGUACCGGCUUGUGGAUUUUCCAAAAGCGUUCAUGUUUUAUACGGACGGACAAGACGAAGCGCAAGCGGUCACCGUCUGCAGGCUCACAGACUUUCUCAUAGAGAGAAAUAUCGCCCAUAAUGUCUUCAUGACUCGAGCCUGCGAUCCAGACAGUGACAGUGAAGCCCAGUCGUCACUUCGCCACGGAGUGCGCAUCUUCAUCUGGCCCCGAGUGACGUGUUUCGGAGCGAAAGAGGAAUCCGCAUUUAACGUGGCUCUGUGUGAACUGGCCGGUCAUCUUCCGUUUAAAAACAGAGAGGACUAUGAGCGCCUGGAUGAAGAUGGGGUCAAAGCAAUUGUUCAGAGGUACCUCCUAAGUGACGAAGAGUUUGCUGACUUAGAAAAAGAAAUUGUUGCAAAUUUAUAAACAGAAUUUGCUCAAAUAAUGAAUGUCUUUUUACAUUUAUGGCAUUUAGCAGACGCUCUUAUACAGGGUUAAGGGCCUUGUUUAGGGGCCCAGGAGGGGCAGCUUGGUGGCCCUGGGAUUCAAACUCAUGACCUUCCGAUCAGUAGUCCAACAUCUUAACCACUGAGCUAUCACUGCCCAUGUCUGGACUUGUUCUGUUAUAUCAGAAUCAGAAUCAGAAUGUGUUGACACACAAAAGGAAUUUGGGUCCAGCUCUUUGUGACUCUCAGAGGUACAGACAUAUAUGUAAGUGAUUUGAUGAUGUACACAUCUAGUAGUUAUUUAUUACAGAACAAUACCACAUUUUGCCAAUUCCCACUCACUAGCUACCUCUGAUACAUUUUAGAGAUACAAUGCUCAUAAUAGGACACAGGGUGUCCUACAGGGUGAACAAACUUAGAUGGAAUUGCUUACUGACACCCUUGACUAUAUAGUAUCGUUGCGAUUGAGUGCAGAGAGAAUUAUGCUCUCCUUCUCACCCAGAGAGCACUGUGUUGUGACAGUUUUUGUGUUGAAUAUAACUAAUAACCUAGAUCAGGAGUGUCAGAUUUUAUCUGCAAAGCGCCAGUGUAGGUGUUGAUUCCAGUCAAGCAAGAGAAAUACAUGAUUCUAUCCAUUUAAUAUGCUAAUAAUAGCUUUUAGCAGCCAGAUAUAGCCCUUUCCAGAUUUCCAGGAUUGAAUGCCAGGCCUAGAGCAAUUAACUGCAUACUGACAACAGCUAAUUAUUGUUAAUCUCAUUGCCGCUUGUCCAAACAUUUACAAUAGAGAAACACAGAGUAGGAGUGUAUCAGAUUUUUAAAAGAAAUAUCAAAUCCAUUCUGACACCAGUCCAGCAUUUCAAACUAUUAACGAUACCCAGUAUUGGAUUGCAACAUUUCACAUGAAAGCUAACAAACAAAAUGUCUUACCACAACACUUAAAUCACAGUGGCCUCAUGAUUAGUGGCCUCAUGAUACCAUGUCUAUAAUAACACUAUCCAUGUCUCCAACAUCUACUGAAAAUAGAAUGAAUGUAACUGUUUUUUUUUGCCUCUAAGAAAUGCUAAAUGCCUUUCUGUUUGUCAUGAGAAAAAAAAAACUACUGCAUGACAUUGCACUAUAUUUAUGAUAAAUAUUGUACCAUUGUUUUUGUUCUGUUCUUCAUUUUUUGUCUGUCCUCAUACUAUGAGUAACUAUAGGAUACUAUUUAUUGAUAACUGGUUAAUUAAAUGAUCAAUAGUACUGUUCAGAACUUAACGUCAGUAAAAGCAAGUUGGAACAAACGAUACACUGUCUUGAAUAAAAUGCCAGGAAAAUAAAAUUCUUUGUUUACUGCUGACUUAAUCAUUUUGUCAUUAAUAUGUGUGGUAUCUGCUAAUUGUAUUUGUACAACAACCGAGUCUUAUCAGAUUUGCAUGUUUCUCUUCUGUUUAUAUAACUUUGUAAUGCUUGUGGUUUGGAGUGUUACGUUUAAUUAAUUUGUGUGCUCCUGACAGUCAGUUGGGGUAAACUUAAUGUACUGAAUGCACAGCGUUAUUUAAGAUGCUUUUUAAGUA